AUGUUGCAGCCAUCAUUUUUGAUGGUGGUGGUGCUCCUAGCGACAUUUUCCCAGUCCCUUCAUCUGGAAAAUGCCGGCAGCAAGCCACCCACCAAGGAGCUGCCCCGCCCGCUGAUCCCACUCGAGGAGGAGGAGGAGGCCCACAUGGACGCUGAGAUUGAGAUGGGAACAUUCCAGAGAGAGCGCAAUGGACGCUCACGUCGCCCCACCCUGAUGGAUGUGGCAUUGCAGCAGAGCGUGCGGCAAGGACUGGACGCCAUGGCCGAGCUUUAUGGCCGCAUCCAGCCGGAGAUGCUGCGAAAUGGUCAAACCCUGCAGGACAAUCAUCCGGCCGCGAUGCUCUCCCGCUUCAAUGCCCCCACCGUGGACACCGAGCGGCGGGAGAUGGCCGCCUAUGCCACCAUAGCAGCAGCCAAGGCCUUUCGCAAAAAGUAA